GCCAAGGCCGACAUCGCCACCCGCUGGCUGGCAGGCGGGCGGGUCAGGACGUUGGAGAUCAGUUCCGGGGCGGUGGAGGAGUGCGCCGGAAGCUGGGAAUUUGAAUCUGAGCGCCAUUAAGAGCAACAAAGAAGCGCGCGCGGGCGGCGCCGGGGACCGAAGCACAGCUAUACAGACAGCGGCCAUGUCGCCGCGACGGAAGUCCAACGCUAAAAUUAACGAUGUCACAAAGGAAAAACAGCAGCUGCAACUGAAUCAAAAUCCUUCCUGUGCAUUUUGUCGACGGAAUGAUGACUGCCCUGAAAAAUUUGGCGAGAAGAUGACCUACGGUGGGGUAACACUGCAUUACUACUGUUUAAUUAUGUCAAGUGGCUUAUAUCAGCGUGGGGAAGAGAAUGAAGGAAUUUAUGGAUUUCUGGCUGAUGAUAUCAAAAAGGAAAUUUCUAGAGCCUCAAGGAUGAAAUGUAGGGUGUGCAAGAUAAAUGGAGCCUCCAUAGGCUGUGCCGUUAGGAGAUGUCAGAAGAGCUUUCAUUUUCCUUGUGGUGUGGAGAAUCAAUGUAUUUUCCAGUUUACUGGACAGUUUGAGUCUUACUGUUCGCAACAUAAACCUGUGCAAAAGGUACCCCGUGCCGCCAGAAGGUCAGGAGGUUCCUUCACAUGUGCUGUCUGUUUGGAUUCUAUUGACCCAUGUCCUUCUUACGAUGUCUUGAAAAGUCCUUGUUGUAAAAAUACGUGGUUUCACAGACAAUGUUUGCAGCAUCAAGCACUGAGUGCUGGAAUGUUCUUCUUCAGGUGCACUAUCUGUAAUAAUAAGGAUGAAUUCCAAAAGGAAAUGUUGCGACUGGGGAUCCAUAUACCAGAAAGAGAUGCCUCCUGGGAACUUGAAGAAAAUGCAUUUCAGGAACUAUUGCAGCGUCAUCACCGAUGUGACGCAAGAAGAUGUUUCUGUAAGGAUGGACGAGAAUAUGCAGAAACUGAAGGGAAAUGGACCAUUGUCCUUUGUAAGUACUGUGGUUCCAGUGGGACUCAUCUGGCCUGUUCAUUGAUGGCAAGCAGUUUGGAAGACUGGGAAUGUCUUGAAUGCAGAGACAUUGUAUACAAAUCAGAGAAAUUAAGGAAAAGAACCCUAAGUUCAGAGAUAAAACCAACAAAACGUAAAUUUAAAGACAGUCCGGAUUCACGCCAUCCACCUUCUAAGUGUCCAAGGUUAUCAGGUGAAACUCAGAAAGAACACAAAAAUAGACAGAUUUUUUCAACAAGACCACUUACAAGCAUUUUGAAAGAACUAAGGUCACAAAUCAAAUUGAAUGUCAUCUCAAGAAUCAAGGUUGACAGAACAAAUGUAUGGGAAGGAGCUCUGAAAGAGAUGAAAGGGAAAGUAUUCAGUGCUACUGACACACUUACCAUUCAAUAUUCAGAUAUGGCUGGCAAGCCUCAAGAAGUUGCUCAUGUGACAAAUCCCCUUUAUGAUUUUUUUAAUUUGCUCAUGCAUCAUCUUCAGAAUUCAACUCUAUUUGAAGGUCUGACUACCUCAAAGAAUAUAACUCUCAAUUCUCAAGCUCUUAGGUUGGACUGGUAUUAUGAGGCUGGACGAAUGAUUGCACUAUCCUUAGUCCAUGGGGGUCCAUGGCCAAACUUCUUAUCCAAAACACUAUUUAACUGUCUGGCUUAUGGACCAGAUAUAACUGAACCGACUAUGGAAGAUGUGGCUUCAUUUGAGGUGGCACAAAAGGUCAUGAAGAUAAAAGAAUCGUCAACGUUGGAGGAGUUGAAACAAUUUGUCAAUGAGAAUGCUGAGUACCUUUCAAUCGCUGGGUGUUUAAGACCAGUAUGGUCACUGGAUGACAAGGAAUUACUGUUGAAAGAUGUGCUGAUCUUCCACGUAAUAAAUCGAGUUUGCUCACCGUUAGAAAGGUUUUGUGAAGGAUUGAAAUUUCUUGGUGUGUUGGAGGCCAUUCAAACGUACCCAGAAACAUUCUCUGAACGGUUGUGUUACAAACCACAUAAAUUUUCUGCUGAGAUAGUUGGGAACCUUUUCUCAAUCAACUUCUCAACAUAUAGAAAGAGCAGGAUAAUUCCAGAAUCUAAAGUGGUCGGUUUCUGGAGGGAUUAUUUGGCAGAUGUUGAAGGUGGAGCAACUAAAGCUUCUUUUGAAGGAAUCUUGACUUUUGCAACUGGCACAAAUUAUAUUCCACCCAUCAGUUUUCUUCCCAGUCCAUCAAUUACAUUUUUGCAUAAAAAAGGCAUAAUACAGAACAGAUUUCCAGCAGGACAAAUGUCCCGCAAUUGUUUGAAGCUACCAAUGUCAAAAACAUAUGAGGAAUUUAAAGAAAGCAUGGAUUUUGCCAUUUGUAACACACCAGGAUUAAAAAGAAAGUAAUGCUGUAAAUACUAUUGUCAAAUAUUACAUUUGUACAUUAGUUUGUAGUAAUUUUCUUUGUUAGAAAAUCAGUUACAAACUCUGAUUUUAAUUUCCAUUUAUUUAGCAAGGUCUUGCAGAAAUCAUUUGAAAUAAUACGUUUACAAGAUGUAAAGGAUAAUCAUUUCUUAGAGGUUUUUAGGGGUAAGUAUUUAAUGCACAGAAUACUGUGGAGGAAGUAGAAAUGUAAUUGGAAAAGCUUUUGUCAAACGGCCUCUCUGCUAACACAUGCGUCAAUAUGCUUUGCGGUGGAUGUGGCGUGCGUUAGUUUCUGAUCUCGCACGAAUCACAGUGAAAAUGAUGAAAGGAACUUGAACAGUUUCUCAGCUUGAGCAGCUGUAAAUUCUCGAGCCCUCAUAGUAGUUUGGGUCUUCUCUGGAAGAGGUGAAGGAACAAAAGAUUUAAAUAACAUGGAGAUUCAGAUAUUAAUUUCUAAAAUAUUCAGAAUAUUAUUCAUGUGAUUGUUAAUUUUUAAUUAUUGUUUAUAUUUUUUCUGCUAAAAUUUGCUUAAUUAGCUGGUUUGAAGUUUAUUUUACAAAUUUUGCAUAUGGCCCUCAAAUAUAAACUGAUUAGGUUUAUAAUGAACUAUAUAUGGAGAGUCUACUGAACUAAAGCUGCAUUGGACCCUGUUUCCAGUCAACUUUCUUUUUAGGAGAACUACAUUGAGAUAUAAUUUGAAUGUUCAUAAGUGUAGUAAUUUGCCAAAGUAAUAAAUUUGAAUGACUUGAAAUACUGUAUGUCAGGUUUGUUCUGUGUUUGCGUUAAAAGUGAGAAUUUUCAGGGUUUGUUUUGUAUGUACACUUUUUGUAGCUUUACUGGCUUUGCUAGUAAUAUCUAAAUUUUGUAUUUUAUUUCUGACUUUAUGAUGGAUUUACACUUGUAACAUAAAUAGAAUUACUUUAUGCUGGUAAAACAUUUAGUUUCCUACCAUUAAAAAAAAUCUAACUAUUUAGAAUUGUUGAAAAUAUAUUUAAAGUCAUUUCCAACAAAAAUGAAACUCUCGAACAGUAUUAUUAAUAGUUUGAUUUUGGCAAAAAAAGGAUGGGUUCAUUCGAUGCUGAUAUUGUAAAAUGUAUGAUCUUGUUUGAUGCAUUGCUGUGAAAGAUGAUGUAUUACAAUUUGUACAGUCUUCCUUGAACUGAAUUGGCUUUGCCGUUUUCUGAUCUUAAGCAGUGGGUGAGGCACAGAAGCAUAAAAUAGAUGCAGGAGUAGGCCAUUCGACCCUUAGAGCCAGCACCGCCAUUCAAUAUGAUCAUGACUGAUCGUCCAAAAUCUGUACCCCGUUCUGGCUUUUUCCCCAUAUCCCUUGAUUCCCUUAGCCCUAGGAAACAAAAUCAAACCGUCUUGAAAACUAAACUUGAAAAGGAUUCAGUGUUACAAAUGUAUAUUUAUAUUUGAACAAAAUCCACAUAGCAUGCCGUCAGUUAAAUUCAUGGUUUCCUUUUGCAAACUUGUAUGUUAAUCCCCUAACAUUUCACAUUGACAAAAGAUUCAGUGGGUAAAUUUCUCCAAAGAAAAGGUAGUUUCCAGCACAUUUAAACAGGAAAAGAAAGUACAUAAAAUUAGUUCAACAUUUAAAUAUCAUUUUUGAAGAACAUAUUGCAGUAAUAAAAAAAGGUGUGAUUUAAGGCAAAAAGCAUUUUGUGCAAAGACUAACAUUAGUUAAGUAAAUAUGAUGUAGAAAAACAGUAUCUGAACAUGUAUAAAUCAAACGUUAUGUGAAUGUGUAUUGUUUGUGAAUAAAAUAAACUUGUAUUUAGCUAGGUAUCUAUCCUAAGUAAUUUAUCCAUGCAGAAUCACUGCAUCAUUUCAAUAAUCACUGCAUAAUUGUUGAGUUUGACUUACUCGCUGUUCUCAAUGCAUGUAACAUUUGACUGAUGCAUAAAAAUUAGAAAGUAUAACCAAUUGAGAUACUAAAAUAUGGUUACCAAUUAAAAUGUUAGUUUAAAAAAAUGUAAUUAAUCUAAUUGGGGGAAAAAAUAUGAUUGGCAUUAAUCUGGCAAGAAAUGAUCAACAGCUAACUGGAUAACCCUUCAAUAAAACACCAGCUUUUUAUUGUUCAGAUUGUGAAGGCAUUUGUAAUCUGUGAUGUAAAAUUAUUUUAGUUAUAGGUGGAUGGAGUCUAUUUACAUAAGCUUGUUUCUGUAUGUUUGCAUAAAUAAUAAAUGUAAAGAGGUUA